AUGCCUCCAAAACGUAAAGCUACGCCUUCUACAACGACUACUAAGUCGAAAUCGGUAAAAAGAGGAUCUAAGAAAUCGAAAAUUUCAUCGCGAACAACAAUACAAACAGUGGACGAACCAGCAUCAAGUAGUGACAAUAAUGACCAAUUCAAACAUCUGACAUUGUUGGAAAGUGGUCAUAUUGAUUUUGUUUAUAAGGAUAAUGAUGACGGAGACGAUAGUGAUCAUAUGCAGAGAUCAAUUUAUAUGAUUUUAACACCAAGUGGAACAAAAGAUAAAACAUCGAAACGACGUGUCAUUUUUACGAAAACUGAAAGCAAAGAAGAUCAAAAUUUGUACUACAUGCGAAUUGAAAAUAUGGCCAAUACUGGAACAAGCAGGGAAGCAUCAAUUAUUAACCGCGACACCAUCGUACUUGUAGGUCAAGUUGCUGUGGGUCAUUAUAUUGUUAUUCAAGAUACUCAGUCAAAUAAGACACAUUUUACUUAUAGUUUCUAUGGCAAUGUCAAUAAAGAACGCGCACAUACUGAAAUUGAAAAAAGAUUAAUUAAUUGCGAAGAUGGCCAAAAUUCAUUCACAAUAGAAAUUUAUAAUCAAGAAGAAUAUGAAAAGAAAGUCUUGGAAAAACUUCGAGAAAAUAUUUGGUUGUGGUCUCAUCCUGAAAGACUGAUCUUCGAUAAUGAUGUUGAAAUGACAUUUAUACAAGAUAGCGAAGAUUUAAUUAAGCAAAAUGUACAAUAUCUAAAGACUCGAUUAUUACAACAAACACGUUCAAAAGAAUAUGAACAACUUUGGAAGAAAAUAAAUGUUCAUUUUAAAUCAAAUUCUAAAUAUCAGAAUCGUUAUAUUCCUGGUGUUAGUGAAUAUGAUAUACAAGAAGCUGAACGACGUCUCGGUGGUAUUACACUUCCAAAUGAUAUUAAACAAGCUAUUCGUAUUCAUAAUGGUCGUCGAAAAUAUCUAUUUGGUCUUUCAUAUCGUUCACCAACAACUGAUCUUCUACCACUAGACGAAUGGCAUCCAUAUGAAAAUGUACCAUGGUGUAAUGAUUUGUUUGAACAACUAGUAGAUGACGAUGACAAUAGCAUCGGUGAAGGUCUAAUGAAAGAUGAUUUACGGGAACAUUUAAAAGUGUACAAUGAUAAGAAGACUGUUAAGAAUAAAGAAUUUCAUGAAAUGAAAAGUGAAUUAUUGGUAAUUGGUGAAGGUAUGGAUGAUUAUGGUGAACAAUAUCUAUUGGGACUGAGAACGGGUACAAUUUAUUUGCAAGUAUUAAAUAUACCUGAAUGGAACAAAAUUGGUACGUUCAAAGAUUGGAUUGAUUUAGCAUUGCAAGAUGAAAACUUUGAAGAAGAAGAAUCCGAAGAAGACGAUGACUGA